UGGCUGGAGCUGCUCCGCGGUCCGCUGCUCCGUGCCCGUGGCCCCAGCGGGGCGCGAUGGACACCCGCGCCGCCGCCGCCGCGAGCCAACGCGCGACCUCGCGGGGACGAGGCGGCUCCCCUCGCACGGCCACGCUUCCGGCGCCUUCGCACUAAUCGCCGACGGCGGACGCGGGACCUGGAACUCGCAGCGUGAUUUAAAUGUCGCUCUUCCAACCGCCGAGUCGGAAAUGAUGGCGGAGGGCCGGCGCUGCCAAAUCCAUCUCUUGGACGCCCGCAAGUUGGAGCUGCUCGUCCAGCCAAAGCUGCAGGGCCGCGAGCUGCUGGACCUGGUCGCCUCCCACUUCAACCUCAAGGAGAAGGAGUUCUUUGGCCUCUCCUUCUUCGACGAUGCGGGCCAUCACAACUGGCUGCACAUGGACCGCAGGGUCCUGGACCACGACUUCCCCAAGCAGCCGACGGGUCCUCUCCUGCUCUCCUUCGCCGUCAGAUUCUACAUCGAGGACAUCGCCUUCCUCAAGGACUCCACCACGGUGGAGCUCUUCUACCUCAACGCCCAGGCGCUGGUGCACAAGGGCCAGGUCGAAGUGGACACCGAGACGGCGUUUGCGUUGGCCGCGUACGCGCUGCAGGAGGCUAAAGGCGACUACACAAGUGAGGAGGAGGCGCGGGAGCAUCUCCAGGUGGCCGCGUCGCUCCCCGUGUGCGUGCUCAAGCAGCAGCCCGGGAUCGCCACCUGUGAGAGCCGGGUGAUUGAAUAUUACAAGAAGCUCCAGGGACAUUCCAGGGGACAGGCAAUCGUCAAUUAUAUGAAAAUAAUAGAAGCCUCUCCAAGCUAUGGCGUGCACUUAUAUGGCGUGAAGGACAAGCAGGGCACUGCCUGGUGGCUGGGUAUCUGUACCGGAGGAAUCUUCCAGUACGACUUUGGCAACAGGGCUCAGCCCAGACAGGUGUUCCCUUGGAAGGAGCUUGAGAAUCUGUAUUUCCGAGACAAGAAGUUUUUGAUCGAAGUGCAAGAUACAAGGAGGCAGUGCGUCGUGAGCCGUCGAUCGUUUGGACCGGGCGGCGUCGGAGGCGGAGGGGGAGGAGGGGCGGGCGUGGUGGUGCACACGUGGUAUGGAUCGACGUCUCUGAUCAAGUGCAUCUGGGCCAUGGCCAUCAGCCAGCACCAAUUCUACCUGGACAGGAAGCAGAGCAUGGCCAAGAUCGCUGCAGCUCGGAGCCUCGGGGAGAUGAUGUCCGACCUGGACGACGCCGGCUCGGUGCGUGCCGCUCGGCUCACCAGCGUCGGCAGCAAGAACCUGCUGAACAGCCGGCCCAGCUCCAGCAGCCUCUACUCCACAGACUCGGUGGACACGGAGGCGAACGAUGCGGCGGCGCGCGAGAUGCUGACGUCGCUGCGCAGCAAGCAGAGCGAGCUGCAGGAGCAGCUCCACGAGCAGCUGCAGGAGCUGCGCAAGAUCUGCCUGCGCGAGGCCGAGCUGACGGGGAAGCUGCCCGCGGAGUUCCCCCUGCAGGGCGGGGAGACGCUGCCACGCGUGCGGCGCCGCGUCGGAGCCACCUUCCGCCUCGACGAGACCAAGAUCCGGCCCAAGGGCCUGGAGAGCGAGCUGGAGCGGCUGGAGACGGAGUUCUCCGUCCAGGAGGGGAUCGUGCAGGCGGCGCUGAAGCUGGCCAAGGAGGAGGGGCUGCAGCGCGCCACGCGCAGGCGGCGCAAGGCCGACUACGCGGCGGCCGCCGUCAAGCUGCAGGCCCAGGAGGCGGCGAUCAACGCGCUGCGCGAGCGGGCGGGGAGGAGGCCCACGCAGAGAGCCUCCGUCAUCGUGCCAGAUGACCUGAUUCUGUCGGAAGAAAGCUCGAUCUCGGACGGACUUCCAGCUGCCGACGACGACAUUUCGGUGAAAUCUGCAGUGCCCGCCGAGCGAGCGGUCACCCCGUCCCCGCUGGAGGAUGGCCGCAAGGGGCAGCACGGCUCCCCUAAUGGGAUCCUGCACUACGCCUUCUCCACCCUGACGCUGCGCAGGAGCAAGGGCGCGCGGCCCAGCUCGACGCGCGCGCGCUCGCAGUCUCGGGCCAGCCACACCAGCACGGACGAGUGGAAGGACCCUGGGCUGGACCGCGACACUGCCCCCUCGCCGGCGUCCACGCCACGCACGUCCGGGUCGAGUUCUCACCUCAGCUCGGUGGAGUCGAGCCCGGUGCGCUCGCGCUCCUUCUCGCACCAGCUCCUCUCUCGGCCGCUCGCCGUCGUCGGCCGGACUGGCAGUUCCGACCCCGCCGCGACCCCCGAAUGGCCGGCCCCUCGCGAACGAGCGUGGGCCGGCAGGCGCCAAGGAACCGCAGCCCCCGCUCCUCGCCACCAGCAGCAGCAGCAGCCCCACCAACACCGCCAUCCUCUGUCACCGCAGCUGCGGCCACACCCGGACAUCGUCGUCAGCGGCAGCGCGGGCCCCCUGGGCCGCGGCGGCGGCGGCGGCGUGGCGAGUUCGCCCGCGACGGACGGCCGCUGCUCGUUGGCCAGCCGCUCCGGCUCGGACGCCGGCUGGGCCGAGUGGCCCGACGGCUGCACGCAGACGCUGGGACGCUACCCGCGCGGGCGCGACCACCGUCAGUCAUCCGCCACCACCGCCACCUCCGCCGCGAACGCCGCCUCCGACUCGUACGGCCACGGCGCGGGCCCGCGGGGCUCGCACACGCCGGGGCCCCGCUCUCGCCGCGCCGCGCCCGCUCCGUCGCCCCCUGGGCUCGGCGGGGAGCGGCAGCAGGGCAGCCUGCGCAGGAGCGCCACGGCGCCCGCGCCCGGGGGAGUCUCCGGGCUCCGGACGCCCGUGCCGGCCGACGACGACGACGACGUCGGCGUGGAAGGGGGAGGCGCGCGGGAGCGCGAGAUCGCCAAGGAGAGGCUGAAGAUGUGGUAUGACGAGAGGCGGCCGAUCGCGCGCAACCAGUUCUACCAGAGCCUGCGCGCCGAGCCGACGCACGGGAGGCGAGUGAGCGCCGGUUCCACGUGCUUCUACGUCAGCCAGAAGCUGCAGCUGAGCCGGGAGACCGUGGACCGAUGCAACGGCCUGGAUGUUGGCAGGAGAAGGGAGCCCAUGGUUUACUCCCCGGGCACCGGGGACUCGGUGCUGCACGCUGCCGACCGGAGGCAGGAGGCCACGUCCGCGACGGUCACGGCGCACGUCCGGUCCUACCCUGAGCGGUCGUCGUACCAAAGAUCCUCCGACUUGAGGCCGGAGCCGGGCUACGCGAAGCACAUCGACAUGGAUUCCGGAACGCUCGUUUGACCCCACGUGACCCCCGGACUCCCCGAGGGGGGGUGGAGGGAGGAGCGAGUGCCGUUGGUGCUCUUUCGAACUCGGCGGUGUUCCUGUCCACGGCCGCCGCACGAACGGUUCGUCACCUCCAAGCUGCCGUGAGCUUUUGGCUCGAGAGGAAACGUUCAAAAGGAC